AUGUACCUGGGCAGUGUAGGGGGUGCUGUUUUGGGCGUGCAUUUUUUCAACAAGGAAGGGAACUUCGGGGCCUGUAUCCGGGCCCUGGGGAAGCUGGUGCUCUACGCCUGCGACCGGUUGGCCUACGCCUGGUCCGAGCUCAAGUUCAAUUGGAAGGCCUGGAGGGUGUACGAGCGGAGCUUCAAGAAGCUGGAGAGCCUGGACAAGGAGAUGCAGGUGUCGAAGAAGAUCAAGGCGUGGGACCAGCAGUACCAGGUGUCCACCAACCUGAACGGGUGGUGGCGGAAGUUCCAAACCUCGGCCAAGGGCCUGGAGGAGAGCUUGAAGGAGCAGGCGGUCUACUGGCAGCGCACCCAGCGGCUCAGGGACGAGCAGCGGCAAGCGCAGAUGAUCCACCAGGAGAUUCAGCGGCAGCAGGAGAGGGAACGGGCCCGGCAAAACGGGGGGGGGGUAAGCGGAGGGGCCUUUCAAUCCACCAGCGUCGAGACCGAGGCCCCGGCGUCGCUUCGACCCGAGUCGGAGCAAGGCGAAGGAGCGCGGGGCCAAGGUCGAGGGGAGCCUCUGACCGCGCAGGGUCCAAGGCCCGGAGCCGGGGGCGGGUGGUCCGCCCCUCGCGCACAGGCCUCCGCCCUUACCCCUGCCAGUGGCCCCCAGCCGGCCUCCCACCCCUCUCAUCCCGGCGCCUCCCCACCUUCCCAUUUCUCUUCCAUCUCGUCUCGCCAGGGCCUCGACACGCCGGGGGCAGUGGGAGGUCCGGGCGGGCGCCCUCCCCCUCCCUCCUCCCCGGGCCUCGCCUUUGAGUUCAACCGUUUCGUCAAGAGCCUCGGUGGAGCCACGAGCGGCAUCUCUCGCUCCUCCAAUCCCGCGGCCUCUCCCGUGCCUUCGCCUUCCUCCCCCGCCUCCCCUCCUUCCCUCACUGUAAAUAGCAUCGAGGGACUCGAGGGCCAGGCGCGGUCCAUGGAUGCUGGUGCCCCGCCGCCCCACGUGGACGAGCGUGAGCCGUUCAAUCUGUCCUCCCCCUCUUUGGGAAGUGGCGGUGUGGAAAAGAAAGGUUGGGAGGGCGGGAGCGAAGUAAACAUGUAA